AUGACUCGCUCACUUUUGGACUUCCCUCCUGAACUUCUUGUUCAUAUACUCGCUUUUCUCCCGGUUCGAGCACUCCUCAGAUUCUCCCAGACAUGUCGGUAUUCUCAGUCGCUAGCAGCCUCCAGCCUUCAUACUCUUUCUCUAGGCAUCCAUCCGAGCCGAGUCUCAGGCAUCAUCAGCAAUCUCGCAGCUACGCAGUAUCUGCAGCCUAAGAAACUAGCUUCUGCCUUCUCGCUGCCUGAGCAACCACUUUCAUAUCCGAGCAGCAGCAGGAGCAGUCAAAGCAGCCGACGAUCCAGCAUCGAGAGUGAUUUCCUCUCAGAGGAGUCAGUUGACGACGAUGACCCGUACAGGGUCUCUGUUCUAAUUCCGGACGCCCAGAUCUUCGACUACAUGACCCUGCUCAGCUUCCAUACGGCGCUCACAAAAAGCAUUCUGAUCCGGCACGGCGGUACCCUGCGGAACCUAGAUUUGUCACUCUGGACACUUACACCUUCGGUUGCGAAAGCGAUAUCCAGCCUAUCAGCACUCCGGGCCCUAUCCAUCCGCAUCGAGGACUUCCCUCACGUGCGCGCUGUGCCACGCAGCCGGUUCGCAGCCCAACAGGUCGAGCAGCGCCAUGCAUGGGACAUCCUCACCAACACGGCGACUUUCGCGCCACGGCUAAACGCUUUACGAAUCGAAGCCGGUGAGCUCACCACACCGCAGCUCUCCUUGCUUCUCAACCAAAGCCGUUGGUGCCGCGAGCUCUGGCUCUGCAGGUGUGCAUUGAUCGGCAAAGAGCUGUGGGAUUUUCUAGGAGGCGAGUGGGAGGGCCGAGCCGCGCUGCGUAUCCUGGGUGUCAUGAGGUGCGGUGGCCAGCUUGAUGAGGAAAGCCUGGAUUGUAUUGGGACGUUGGGUAGGCUGCAGUUCUUGACCCUGCAAGGGUGUCACGGUGUGGAUAGCGAGGCUGUGGAGGAGAGGAAUACGAAGGAAUGGCACAUUCCUGAGGUUAUACCACCCUUACCGCGCAUUGAAGAGCAGGACGCUUCAACGGUUAUUGAGGUUGAUCCGGCGUACAUUGGUAAUGACGAAUGA